GUUUAACGGUUCUCACGGCACUUUGCUGUCACUCCCGUGGCUUUUAUUAGCGCGCGAGCUAACGUUACCUAGCUUGUAUUAGCUCGUCAAUGCGGCUAGCAGUAGGCUAGUUAGCAUAGCAGUAACAUUAACGGCCAGUUUUAUCGACACAAUUGAAAGGCAUAUCGUCGUUGCCUCGGCCCGUCAGUAGCACCCUUUAUUAGACUUGGGCUCAUGCGAAUCGGGGAGGAAAGGUUAAUGUGAAGGUGUUAACCUUCGCACUUGCUGUUAGCCAAAGCAUUGUUCCUAGCACGUUGCCUCGGAGUUUCUUGCUAGCUGGCUAGCCCGGUUAGCUGCUGUCAGAUCUUUGGCACCGCCCAUACCAGAGGAAGGAGCUGCCACUCAGCAAUGGAAGCCAAUAAAGGUAAAGGGGAUCAAGGGAUGCAGAAUCCAAGUGGGCAGAUGGACAGACCUGUCAGCUUCCACUUCUUGGAAAGCAUGCUUCCCAAAGUAGUGAAGAGGCGAGUGCACGCUUUGAAAAGGCUACAGGUGCAGUGUGCUAACAUAGAGGCUAAAUUCUAUGAGGAGGUCCACGAGCUAGAGAGGAAGUAUGCUGCCCUCUACCAGCCGCUGUUCGAGAAGAGACGAGACAUUGUGACAGGAACAGUGGAACCCACAGAUGAAGAGUGUGAGUGGCACAGUGACAGAGAGGAAGAGGAGGAGCUAGCUGAGGAAGUAAAGGAAAAAGCUGCUAUUGAGGAUGCGAAGAAAGAGGAAGCCACACCGGAGGAAGACCCCAAAGGCAUCCCUGAGUUCUGGCUCACCAUAUUCAAGAGUGUGGACAUGCUCAGUGACAUGCUACAGGAACACGAUGAGCCCAUCCUAAAGCACCUGAAAGAUAUUCAAGUCAAGUUUUCUGAGCCUGGACAGCCGAUGAGUUUCACAUUAGAGUUCCACUUUGAGCCCAAUGGUUACUUCAACAAUGCAGUUCUCACUAAAGUCUACAAGAUGAAGUCGGAGCCUGAUGCCUCAGACCCUUUCUCAUUCGAGGGACCAGAGAUCAUUGAUUGUGAAGGCUGUCAGAUAGACUGGCACAAGGGGAAAGACGUGACGGUGAAAACCAUUAAGAAGAAGCAGAAGCAUAAAGGCCGUGGCACUGUGCGCACUGUUACCAAACAGGUUCCCAAUGACUCUUUCUUCAACUUCUUUAACCCUGUUAAAGCUUCACCAGAUGGAGAAAUGGAUGAAGACUCUGAGUUCACCCUAGCCACAGACUUUGAGAUAGGUCAUUUCUUCCGUGAGAGAAUAGUUCCCAGAGCAGUGCUGUAUUUCACUGGAGAGGCCCUGGAAGAUGACGAGAGUUUUGAAGAGGAGGAGCUGGAAGAGGGAGAUGAAGAGGAGCAAGAUGAGGAAGGUGAUGAUGACGAUGAUGAGGGAGAUUUUGACCCCAAGAAAGAACAGCCCCAGCCUGCCGAAUGCAAACAGCAGUAACCGUGGUGAUCAGGGGAGGCGGAGACCUGCGCUCCGUCAAAUCAGUUCUUAGCCAAUCAGCAAGUCCUCCUACUCUUGCAGGCUCAGCCCUUUUACGAACUCUCACCUGAACGCAAUAGAACGCAAACCAAACUGCGUUUUUACUAUGUGCAUGACUUAUUUUUCGUUUGUCUUGCGCCCAUCUCACCCUUUUGUUUUCUUUUUUGUUUUCUUUUUUUUUUUUUAAUUUGGCUUCAUUCGAACUCCAAGCGGGAAGUGACUUGACUAACUAAACACACCAUGGCAUCACAUAGGGACAGUCUUGUUUUGAUAAGGUGGAGUAGGUACUACUACUGCCAACAACCUCAGAACAUCAUCAUAAGGAUUUAAAAAACAAAAAAAAAGAUAGGAAAGAAAUGGCUCCCAAUGUUAGUUUUCAUGGAAAUUGAUCAGUUACUCAGGGUUUUUUAAUGCCAACAAGAGGAAGUACAAGUUUACCAGGAAACUGCUGAACAAGUUUGACUUAAUCUUUCACUGGGGUCGCUGCAGUGUUUUUCUUUUUGUUAUGGUGUUUUUUUUUAAGAGACAAACAAUGUGUCAUUUUGAAUUUACUUUACUUUUUUUUUUUUCUUAAAUGUUCAUUGUCAUGUCAUUGGACUAUUUAUUCUGGUGUCAUGCAGCUGUAUGGAGGAGGAGGAGGAGGGGGCGGGUGGUGCAUUUUAGGAACUCUUUAAGGCCCAGCAACAGCAAAAGCUCUUGUUUUAAUUUUAAUUUUUUUUUUUUUCAUUGGCUCAAAUCUUAUUUGGGCUUUAGCCGGUCAGCAAACACAAAUACUGCCAAGUCAUGUCGUCCAAAUGAAUCUCAAACAUUGAAGAAUUGUGUCCCGCAUCAGCACUGCUCACUUCUGCCCAGGUGUAUUGGGCCUAACAAGCAUUUAAACAGAGCACCUGAGUGGACACCCAACACUAAAUUGAAAUCAUGUGACAAGCAUGAGGUCAUACGUCAAAACCGCCAAGAUAUCUCUCUUCCCCUGUUCGCCCCACCACCCCUGAAACGCUCUUAAUGCUCACUAGAGGAUAAUAAGAACAAUUCGCAAAAUCGAGACAUUUUGAAAGUAGAUAUUUUUGUCCACGUAGGUUGGAGGUAGUUUGGAUUUCCCUCAACGUCACAACCGUUCUGGUUAAUAUUUCCCCGCUGAAGCAGACAAAGUGGCAAACCUGCAACCUGUCGUGGUUGUUUUAUAAGACAUCACCUCCGGUAUGUGUCAAGCUCUUAACAGAAGUCAUUUAAAAGUCAUUGAUGGAACAGCGUGCGGAUGUUUGGAUCAAAUGUAAAUUCUGUUGCCAACGAGCCAAAAAAACCCCGAAAGACACAAAACACACUGUUUUCUUUUUAUAAAAUUGUUUGCCAAUUGUCAUUAACACCGUGUAAUCUAAUUCUGCGUUUAAAGUUGUUUAAGAAUAUAUAAAUAUUUCUGUUAUUGUCUAAUGAUUCAGUAGAAUGUCUGUGGAAAAACAAAUAUAAGAGGUUGCCAAUGUAUUUUAUAUACUGUACUUGGAUUUUGGCCCGGUCGGUUGGACACGUUUGCCCGGUGACUGGUCUACUACGGCAGUCACAGCGAAAGAUAAUACCCACUCCUUCUUCUCUUUUUAAAAAGAACGAUUGUAGAUCUUACUAGACGGAUCUCUCCAAGCCACGGUUGACAUCAUCAGAUCUACCACAUUGGACCGUGUGCUAGCAAUGGCCUUAACUGGUUCUUAUUCACAAUUUGUUACUUGCGCAAUAUUUCUUUUCAAUUUGUACAGAGUUAGUUAAAAUAUUCUAUUAAAGUUGUGCGACAUGGAAAUGUG